GCGUGUCAACAAGGCAAAACAUUUGCAGGUGACAGACAGCAAUGGCAUUCUUCUAUUCAUAAACGCAAUACACAGGUUCCCUUCGCCAAAGGAUCGAAAUAUGAACCUGAUUGGGAGAAAGUUCAUGUGAUCCGACGAAUAGCCUUGAAUAUGUACGAAGUAACUGCUAAAGAUAAAAAUGGGCAAUUGUAUGCCCGUGUAGAACAUACUAAGAAUCUUAAGCGCCUAACACCUACAUCGCAACCAUCUGCUAAAGCCGCUAGUGAUAAUCCCGUUAAAAGCAGCGAUGAACAAUUGCCAGAUAUAUGCGUGCAAAAUAACGGAAAACAAGAAGUUGUAAGUGCACAAGAUUCAAACAACACAGAUGAUGUCCUCAAACCCUUGAAUGGAUUUGAAUUACGACGCUCGGCUCGACUAAGAGCCUUGCAAAAUAAAAAAGGGGGCAUGUGA